UUCUUUGAAUUAAUUGAAGACUUAUGAUAUUGCACAGUGCAAUUGAAUACCUCUAUCUCAAGUAUAUGAAACAUUUGGAUACCAGCAACAUUUCUCUGUGAUCAUAAAUUCCUCUCGAGAAUUAAUGACCCAGGUGUUAUUAGUUUGCUGCAAAAGUUAUUUGUAUGUAGUUUCACAGAGCUUUCACAGUGGACAAAGAAGCAACCCAUUCAGUUUAUGAUAUGCUGGAUUGCUGUGCUGGUGUUAACCAUUUCAAACCUCAAUGCUCCUCAAUACAAAUCAAUCUCUGGAAUUAUUACAUCCCGAUUUAGUUGAUAUGUGUAAUUAAGAAGAAAGAGAUGGCUCCAAUUCCUAUUCAGAAGCGUUCGUAUCUCUCCUACCUUUCAGAGUCCCCGGUUGAUGGUCUUGAUCGCAUCUACAGGAGACCAUCUGACGGAGACAAGAUGCCUAUACUUUAUGCAGUCAUCGCUCGUGGCACCACGGUGCUUGCAAACUAUGCAGCUUGCCAGGGAAACUUCACUGAGGUGACAGAACAAGUUCUGAUGAAGAUUCCUCCACAGAAUGCCAAGUUGACGUACUCACAUGGAGCGUAUCUCUUUCAUUAUGUCUCAGAGGAGAGGAUUAUAUAUAUGUGCAUCACAGAUGAUGACUAUGAAAGGUCAAGAGCAUUUGCAUUUCUCCAGGAGAUCAAAAAGAAAUUCACAGCCACAUAUGGGUCCAGAGUACACACAGCGCUUCCUUUUGCAAUGAACAGUGAAUUCUCUCGAGUACUAGCUGCACAAAUUCGAUACUUUGCCCAACCCUUAUCAAGUCACACACGUAUGUCAGAAGUUCAACAGGAUCUUGAUGAACUCAAUCAGAUUAUGGUCAGAAAUAUAGAGUCAGUGUCGAAUCGAGGAGAAAGAUUAGAACUCCUGAUAGAUAAGACAGAAGACUUAGAAACCACAUCCCUAACAUUCAAGAAGAGCAGUAAAAGCCUAGCAAGGUCUAUGUUUAUGAAAAACUUGAAAUUGAUCAUCAUCUUAAUAAUAAUUAUAAUUUUGGUUUUAUACUUCAUUGUGUCUGCAGCUUGUGGAGGACUUGCCUGGCAAAACUGUGUCAAAUAAUGAUCUACAAUCAAAAGACAAAUGGUUAUCGACUAAUAUAGACUAAUCUGUGGAGGUGGAGUUACAGGAGGAAAGCCAAGUCAUCGGAUUACAGUUUAAGUAAUUGUUGCAGAAUCAGUGCAAGAGAAGUUCUAAUAGAGCUACUGCUCAAAGCAUCCUGAAUCAGUGUUCGUAUUGAGUGUACGAAUCUGGCUGGUGAACCUAGCUACAAUACCAAAACAGCUCUUCAAAGCUACUAUAGUCGUUCAGCAUCAUUGAAAUCCAGUGCAGCGUUGGUAUCGAGUGUAUGAAUCUGGCUGGCUGGUGAACCGAGCUCCAAUACCAAAUGUGGCUUUACAAAUAAUCAUGGGAUCCAUACUUAUCUAGCUCAAUGCUCAGUGUCAUUCCAAGCACUAUUACUCAGUUAAAGUUUAGUGUUUAGCUGGUGCCCAUAUUUCCCCAGCACCAAUGUCAGCUUACAGUAUCCAACUUGAAAUUACCCGAGCUUCAAGAUUGUUUGUGUAUGAUAUAUUCCUAUGAACAAUUCAUUACGCGAAUCCUGUGUUUAAAAAAUACCCCACCAGCUUAUAACACAGGAACUCCAUUGCCUUGCGUGUUGUGUCAAUGGGAGAUCAGGUGGGGUAUUUGAAACCCCAAUUUCAGAUUUUGGGAGACCUCUCGUUUAAACUGGGGUGGGGUUCAUCUGACUGCUGAUAAUGCCUUGCGUGUUAGUCAAUGGGAUCUCAAGUGGGGUAUUGACACCCCAAUUUCAGUUUUUUGGGAAAGUUGCAUUUCUCGCGUUUAAACUGGGGUGGGGUGACUGCUGCUGCUGAUAAGAGCCGAUAACACCGAUGCCUGCCACCACAACAGGCUGAUGAACAGCAUGGAGUGGGAUUGCAGCUGUCCUUGUUACGUAAUAGUAUAAACAAACUCUUCAGAGCUUCCUGGCUGACAUUAAUCUUGAAAGAAUGAAUUUGUAUUCUAUUUGUUUUAGGACAUUAGCAUAUCUAAAAACGAUUAGGAAUUUAGAUGAAGAUCGACAUGAAAUUUUGAACGAUGCAAAAUGACCCACAAUUUCCGAAAUAACAAUAAGUUUUAAAAAAUCACCCUCUCUCUCUCUUGCUCUCUCUCUCUCUGCCAGGCCUUAUGAAGGUCACUUCUCCUUGGGGGAAGGUGGAUUAUCUGGGAGAGUGCGUGGUUGUUUACUUGAGGAUAAACAUUCCUUGUUGAUAUCGGGGAUGGGGGGGGGGGCGAGUGAAAGUAGCUUGGAAUUUGAAAUUGGGGUGUCAGAUGAGAUCCAUUUUUAAACACAAAUUUUC